AUAAUCAUGUGGCAUAAGAGUUACAUUUUAUACCGAUCAAUAAAAAAGAAAGAAGCAUGAUGAAAUUGCGCCAAUGGGCCGGCAAUGCCUAGCCUGGCAGCAGACGAAAAUCAAAAUCACGUCAGACGAAAAUCCGAAACACGUUUUAUCUUUUUUGUCGGAUGGUGUUUAUGUAAAAUAAAAUAUUAUCGUGGCAAAUUCUAAAAAACAGGUUCAAUCGUCAUGGAAUUCUUAAAUGGGCAGUGUGAGGGAGAGGACAUCUUUUUUGGCGAGAUCGUGCAGCUUUUGUCAAACUUUAAUUGGAUCUACAAGUCGCGCAAUACCGACAUUUUAGCUGAUGACAUUCUAAAUUGCAUUCCCAAGUCUUGGAUUCCUAUUUUUCAAUUGAAUUGUUUGGACAAUAUUCAAACGGCCAUCAAGGGUGACACUAAAUCGUCAUGGCCACCGGAUCUUUCCGAUUUGGUGACACGGUGCUGGCGCCUUUCAUUGUGGAUAGACUCCAGUAGAAAGCCGGAAGUCACUUCGAAAUGGAAAAAAGUCAACCCGAAGAAAAUCCACGAAGUCCUGAAUUUCGCUCAGCUGAUUGGUGAGAAAUGCGCCGAGAAACAAAUCCAACAUGUCGUCGACAUCGGAGCUGGUUUGGGAUACUUGGACAAAGAGCUAUCGGAUCAUUGGGACCUGCAUGUACUUGGACUUGAACGAGAUGCUUAUAGAGUUUUGGCGGCCAGUCAACGGACCAGCAGUGACACAAAAGAAAACACGGCGAAUCGAUGCCGUUCCACUUUCAAGGAGUUGGCAGUGAAAGCCGAAAAUUCCUUAGAGGAUCAAAUCGAAUCCGUUAUUGGCGACUGGUUCGAUGAACUCAAAGCCCAACGCGAGUCCGCCCCGCUACUCUGUAUGAUUGGUUUGCAUUCGUGUGGGGAUCUGAGUCCUGUGAUGAUGAAACUAUUUAUCAACAGCCGUCGCUUCCGCACUCUCCUGUUGGUGUCGUGUUGCUAUCACAGGAUGGAAUGGAAGAAAGACCUACCACUAGCGGAUGAGAAUUUAUUUCCACUCAGCUCGAGUCUGAAAAAUGCCAGUCAUAUUGUACCCUUCCAUCAGCAGGAAGGCAUUCAACAUCUCUUCCGCUUGGCUGCCCAAGAAACACCCAAUCGCUGGAUGCAGCAAAACACCGUCAACUGUCAACUUCAAGCACAGCACACCUUCUACCGAUCUAUAAUCCAACUCUACGCUGCCAUUGAAAAUAUUCAACUGCUAAAACGGCAGAGGAGACCGGUCAAAACGCACAACAUCUCCGACGUUUUUGAAGAGUACGUCGACCAGGUCAUCGAUGGGUUUGGAUUAGAAGGAGACGUCGCCGGCCACCGGGAGAAAUUGGUGAACAUUUAUCGAUCCAACGCACAUCUUCUACCGGCACUGGAGACUCUGAUAGUUUUACAAGCACUUUUCCAGCCAGUUGCCGAGGCGUUGAUCCUCGUCGAUCGAGUAGUCUACCUAAAAGAAAACGGACUUUCCGCUACUUUGCGACAGAUAUUCGAUGACCGCAUUUCACCGCGAUGUUUUGUCACCAUUGCAGAGAAACUAGAGUCUCCAUAAUCAUCUGACAUCUCAUUUUAUUCAACUGUAAAAAUUGUUGCAAAUUUAAGCCGACUGAUGGCAACCAAUUGAGAAUAAAAGUCUGAAAGAGUU